GACGGACAGACUCCCACCUUGCUGCGCUCCUAGGAAUCGGGUUGGGACUCCCGCUCACUGUCAAGUGGCGUUAAGGCUUUGUUUUCCUCUGGACCACACACGCUCGUGAAUGGGCAGAAACCCGGUGCCAGCCUGCACGCAGUGGGAAGUCGCUACGCCAGGUCUCGCUCAUGCAAACACCCCCUUCACAGAAUGCCGUUCUUGCUGCUGCGAGUUUGUGUGCUUCAUACGAAUGCCUUAGAAUUGUCACUGGGUGCUUUUUUUUUUUUUCCCCCUGUGCCAAAACGCUCACUUUCAAUUUAAAAAUCCUCCAGCAGCAACAUGGACUUCAUUAAUCCUUGCCAUGAGACAAUCUCAGGGUGUUGGGACUAUCAGCCUGAUGUUAUACCUGAAAUUAUAUAUUCAACUGGCGUAAUAAUUACUACUUAACUGCAGUGUCCCUUUCACAGGCAUGUUGUGGGGUUUAAAUGUUCAACCCGUGUGAAAUGUCCCCUGUUGCUCAGGGGGAGGCAGCAUGUUCUAAAUAAUAGCGGCUAGGAAACACCUCCUUGGAACAGAGGCAGGAAUGUGGUCAGUGCCCUCUUGUGGGAAAUGACUGGGAAAAGAAAAAAAAAAGUCUAAAAAUAAAGUUGGGGAAGUGCCAUUAGGGAAUUCACUAAGGGUUGCCUGUGUGGUAAAAUCAUACUACUCUAACUCCACCACUGGCAUCACGGUGAUGGAGCUGCCCAGCAUGGAUGAGGCUACACCAGUAUAUAUAUAUACACACACAUAUAUAUUGCUGUUUGGUUAUACAGCAAAAGUUUUGAUUCCAGACACUUCUUGUGGAAUAAUAACACGUCUGCACAUGCAGUUGUGGUAUUUCAAAUUAACAUCCUACUUCACAGUCUAAAAUAACUUUAAAACGGAGACAUCUUCUUAUUGCUGUGCAAGAAAGGAAGCGCAGCAUCUUGACACAAGGCGUUACUUUCGCUCGAGGGUUUUUACCAGAGUAUAAAUACAAACACAUCUUUAACUAUUAGUUACUGCAGAACACGAUGCAUAAUGAAAACUUUAGCUCCCAUUCUGCAAGAAGAAAUAAAGCAUUCAUCAAAAGGCGUUUUGGCUAAGGGAAGGGACGAGUCUGUUACGAGCCUCGAGUCCCUUUACAGAAAGCAGAGGGAGAUGAGGCACGUCCAGGAGGCAUUUGAGAUCAUAGACGAACAAACUUCAUCAGUUGUAUCCUUUUUGCACCUUUCAUCCCUCAGACGCGGGAAUCUUCGGGAAGACUGGCUGGAAUGCACUCACAUCUUCCUGCCUACUAGAUCUGCACAAUGCUAUUUUUGUGUUAUUCUUUGAGUUUUCCAUCAUCAGCGUGAAAACAGUAAAACAUUUCUUCCAAGGGAAGAUGUUUUCCACAGCUUUAGCUGGGGUUUUGCUGACAUUUUGCCCUGUUUGGCUCCCACUCAUGCAGAAACCCCUUUAACCUACCCAGCAGUCUUGACAGAGGGCUGGCAGCCACGUUUUACGGUCACGCAACUCUCAUUCCCUUAGGAAGCAAGGCUAGAAAUUGGAUUUGUGGAGUGGUGGACACAGAGCCCAUGCAGCACACCUCACACAGCUGGCGCAGCCGACAAGAGCUUCUGUUUUAUGUAAAUGGGAUUUAUUACAUCUUUUACUUCUUGGCAACUCUCACAAUGAUUGUUUAUAAAAGUCAAGUUUUCAGUUAUCCAGAUGAUUUUUUGGGUCCUGAUCUUGCCUUGCUUUUCAUUAUGGCCAUUCUUGAAGUGCUCCGGUUAUACUUGGGUUCCAAUGGUAACCUGACAGAAGAGGAGGCUCCAUUAGGACUCAGCCUCGUGAUCACAGUCGGAAGUGUGAUUCUGUCUGUGUAUUUCCUGGUGUGGCAAACUUACGUACUGAAAGCAGACGUCAUUAUAAACGCUGUUCUUCUCUUUAUGUAUGGGCUGGAGUCAGUACUAAAGGUCAUAGCCAUUGCUGCUUUUGUCAGCUAAACCCUAGCAGUUUUCAACAUGUUUUCAACACAUUUCUUCUAUAAAAGAGUGGGUUUAUAUUUCAAAUAUUUAAUUCUUUUGCAUAUAAAAAUCCUGUAAAACUUCCCUCUGUUUAAAGUACAAAUUUUUGAGGGGCAGACAUCUCCCCAUCUAGCAGCCGUGUUGCACUACCUUAUCAGUUGCUUACUUAUGGGCAAAGGCGAAAGAUGAUUCAGCAAAAACGCUUAAUGCUCUGGUAUUCAUCAGGGAUUGGUGCUAAAUAUUCGCUCCCGACACAGAAUAGUAGCCAGUGCAUCAUCUAACCACGUGCUGUUGGGACUACGUGAAUCUUCACGGCGCAGCAGCAACGCACAACUGAAGUGGCACAGAAAUGAUUCAGGGCAAUAUAAUAUGGACCCAUUUCUGCCUUAACACAUACAUGCUCGUGUUUAAGGGCACAGUUUCUCUUCUGCUCUCAUUUGUGUUUUCAGACCCCAGUGGUAAUUUCCCUGACUUUAGUAGGGCACUACCUGAUUUAUCCCAGUGGGAGAGAGCUGAAUUGAGUUUUGCGCAUACCCAGAGAGCCGAGCCUACAGGGUUUGGGCAGCUGGUUCUUACUGACGUGGAAGCCAAAGGCAGCAGUGUGAGGGUAUGUCUGGUAAACGGGCUGGCCUUAAGAUGAGUGUAAACAUUCACCAUUCACUCACCCUUCUGUCCUAUUUAAAAGUCUAACAGGAUGUUGUCAGGUAUAUUUGUAUUUGGUGUUAAAUGUGUUUAUUUCCAUGAUUCUGCAAAAAUGACUACAUUCAAGCCUUGUCUUUUAAAUGAAGAACUGUGUGCAAUUUCAAUUUUUUUUUUACUGUAUCAAAAAUAUGUAUGUAUUAAUGUAAAGCUCGGGGAGUUUGCGUGGCUUUUG